ACCCAGUGCAGAUACUGAAGGUUCUUGCAAAUCGCGGUACAUGAAGAGAAGUUGGGAGGCGCGAAUCGUAUAUAAUUGCAGGAUAGCCUCACUCCAGGGCUGGUAUCCGGUUCCCCGUCGUAGCCAUUGGACACCGUAGCGGAUCACACCCACAUGUCAAUUAUUAGCGACCACGAUUGUGCGUUCUCUUGCGUCUGAGCAUCAAUCGUCCACAAGAUCGUCGCCAGUAUGGUCGAGAGUCGCCAGAAUGAAGCACUUGUCAUGAUAUGCCUCUUUCCAAUCAUAAGCGCGAUCUUCGUCAUCCUCCGCAUGUAUUCACGCUACCUGGGUCGAAACUUCGGAAUGGACGACCACCUGAUCUUGCUUGCGACAGUACUAUUACUUGGUCAGACUCUAACGAUAUAUAAAUACGUUGUAAUAAGUGGUACUGGAUACCAUGUUUACGAUCUCCCCAAGCAGACCAAUGCUGAAAAGCUUCCCGCCUUGAAAUGGAGCUUUGCAGUGCAGAUGAUCUAUCACCCUUUGAUGUGCGCGAUCCGAGCAAGUAUCAUCAUGUUCCUGUUCCGGAUGAAGGAUAAUCGUCGAAGGAUAAGGUAUUCACUGCAUGUUGUUUUUUGGUUGAAUGUUGGUUACACAAUCGCGACCUCAAUAGUCAACACACUGCAGUGCACUCCUAUUCAGUACACCUGGCUUCGUCCAGUGAUGGAUCAGUAUGACGCCAACGGCAAAGUCACAGUUCCAGGUGGAACCUGCAUCCAAUCCCGAACCUUCGUUCUCUCGAGUUGCGCUCUAAGCAUCUUCAUGGAUUUGAUCAUCAUACCAAUCCCUAGCAUUAUGGUAUGGAAUCUGCAGAUGAGGGCCAAGACCAAGGCAUUGGUGGUUCUUGUCAUGAGUUUGGGCUGGAUUGCUACAGGUGUCUCAGUCGGACGCUUCAUAGUAUACUACUAUCGUUUCGCGCCCACAAACCUCGACCGAACAUGGGACAUUGGCGUUGUUAUCUCAGUCGCCGAACCAGCUGCCCACGUUAUCACUGCUUGCGCGCCGGCCACUAAGGGUCUCAUCCGAAUGCUGUUCCCAUCCUUCAAUUCGGAGUACCCAACCUACGACGAAAACUACGCCACAUACACACCGUCGAAUUCGAAGCUCGGCUCCGGCACAGCAUCUAAGCAGCGGCGGUCAAUGGGCUUUAACUUUGGUCUUUCUACGAAAGGUGCUGAAGAGGGACAGGACGUUGUCAUCACGGAGAGAGAGCGCAACAACACCAAGGAUGAAGAUGUGUUUGGUAUGAAACCUCUAGGGAGCGUCGACUCCAGGGAACAUAUUGGCCACGACGAUUACGACCAGAGCACACACGGGGCCGCUAGCAAAGCCAACACAGAAUAUAGUAAAGACGAUAACGACAUCAAUCAGACAGAGCCGCAGCAUGUAUUAGGGUAUGCGAAAUAAGUAGUGUUACAUAAUUCCCUUUGCUUGAUUAUAGCAGCGGUGUUUGGGUCGAUGG